CCUGGGCAGUGCUGCUCGUUCUCUGAGCCAUCUGACGUCCUCAGCCAUUUAGGGGACUCAACUAUUUUUGCUUAUAUUGGGCCAUUUCAUCAUAUAUUUGAGAGUCAAGAAGGGCCAACCAGCGAGGGAAAAGAAGAGCUGGGGUUAGGUGUCUUCUAAGAAGCUUCUGUAGCUGGUACCAUGAAACAGCGACAAAAGAGGAAACAUCUGGAAGAUGAAGAGUCCCAGGAAACGGCUGAGCAGGGAGGAGGAGUCUCGAAGUCGCAGGAGGAUGCCCUUCAGCUUGGAUCCCCUGGGGUGGCCAAAGGCUGGGGCGCAGGGGUAGGGGAGGUGUCCUCUGCCUCUGAAUACUUCUCCUGUGUUUCUUCUCCACGCAAGUUCAUCCAUGGUGGACUCCGGAGAGUACAUCGAGACAGUCCCCAGCCUAGAUCACCCCUAGUCCAGGGUCAGGAGCGAGGGGAGACUGCUCCCCGCUCACACCAGGUCUCCUUCUCAUCCCCUUCAUCCUAUAAGACCUGUGUGUCCUCUGUGUACAGAAACAAAGAGGAAAGGGGCAUGAAAAUAUACUACAUGCAGGUACAAAUGCAAAAGGGUGUGGCUGUCUCCUGGGAGACAGAGGAGACCUCGGAGUCACUAGAGAAGCAGCCGAGGAUGGAAGAAGUGACCCUUCCUGAGAACGUGCGGGUAGGUACUCCCCCCUCUGAUGUGUCCACCAGAAACCUGCUGUCUGACAGCGAGCCCAGCGGGGAGGACAAGGACCACGAGGAGCGGGCAGAGUCAGACAGCCCGCCAGGCUCACCCACUGUUGAGGAGAGACCCAGGGCCAAGACCCCCGACUGGCUGGUGACCGUGGAGACUGGCUUCCGAUGCAUGGCCUGCUGCCGGGUCUUCUCCACCUUGGAGGUCCUCCAGGAGCACGUCCAGUAUGGGAUCAGGGAAGGCUUCAGCUGCCAUGUGUUCCACCUCACCAUGGCUCAGUUGAUGGGCAUCGUGGAACCUGAGUGCACCCAGGAGGAGAAGGAUGAGAACGAGGAGGAGGGGGAAGAGAAGCAGGAAGAAAAGGACGAGAAGGAGCAGCCCGCGCAGGAGGACCCUCGCGUGAAGCGACCCUGAAGCCGGUGCCCAGGCUGUGUGUUUCAUUCUCCAAAGGACAACAACAAUUGAGAUCCAUGAGCCAUAAAUUCCUGGAAGACGGUGUGGCCUUCUUUUGGGAGAAGGAGAAGAAAGGAUCCUGGGGAUAGUAGCAGAUAAAAUGCCAAUGAUGUGAAGAAAGAUGAAGGAACCGGCAUUCAAUCUAGUGUCACAUGAAAAUAUAAAUACCA